AUGGCAAGAAUUCUUCUCGAUUAUUCUGCCUCCGAUGUUCGACUAUUCUUUCGGAUCUUCUUUGUUGCUGCUUUCAUCCUCAUUAACCUUUUGGGAACCAAAUGUCUCGCUGGGCGCGCAAAACUCAGGCUUGUCCAAGGACACACUGUUCCACUGCCGUACAUGACUUCUUGGCUGGCCAGCUUCGACUCCUUGUACGCUUUGCAGAUGGUGAAGACACUGCCGGGAGGGUGGCUCAGCUUGCUUAUGAUCUUUGCCUAUCUCCUGAACCUAGGCUCGGAUUUUACAUCAGCCCUCCUCCAGUCGGUACCUGUUCAUGACCGUUGCAAAUUCGGGACCGGUCUGGUCGUCUCAACGACGCUCAAUGGACAGAUCCCCUGGAAUGGAGCGCCAUACACGGUCGUCUCACAGGCGCAAACGACAAGUUUGCUCAACUAUGGCUUGAAGGGAGUAUACAAAAAGGCAAACCGUGCCAUCGACUUCAGCGCUGAUGCUGCUGACAUGCUUGGCGAGUGGCACUGUCUCAGAAAUCCCCUUGAACUAGAUUACCCAUGGGAUGUAUCAGUCGACGAUAUAGUAGCCAGUCUACAGCAACAUGGUGUUCUCUAUGACACUCCGUACGCCAUCUCCGCCGCGAUCGGCAACAUAUCACAUCUCGUGAUCAUCGAUACGUCCGCUGGGCAGAAUGUUGACACGGUCUUCGACGUGCGAUUCUCUGUCGACACCACUGCAUUUGGAAACGAGACGAAGCACAUGGAAAAUUACGAAUGCAGUCUUAACGACACAUACGGAGAGCUUCAAGCCGUGCAAAAGGGAAUACACUCACUCGAAACUCUCCAAAACUGGGCUGAAGUCUUUCAAGGCGCCGUAUACGAGGGCACAGGCACACCUGCAUCCAACAGUACUGGAGGUAUAUUGGAACAAAUUCUCAACUCAAUGACCAUGGUUGCAGGAGGGGGCAACUACCUACUGGACACCAGCCAGUCGGAAGAUACACAAGGGUGCAUCACCCAACGCACACACAUUUUAUGGGAGCUCAUCAUGCUCUCUGGCUUGACCCUCCUUCUCUUGGGUUUCCUAUUUUUCUUCUGGCUUGGAAUGGCAAUGAGAUUGAGGAUAUUGAGCGGUCGAACGAGUCCAGACGAUGCGAGGUGGAUCGAAGACAACACGCCGAUCGGGAACUUCGAGUGGAUGGCGCAGGCUGUGAGAGAGUCUCAGAGGCCCCGGUCUGUGGAGGUCAAAACUGGUGAUCUGAAGCACUGGCAUUUUGGGACCGCUUCGGAUGGAGGCGGUCUUUGGAUCACCAACAAAACGACCCGUUCAAAUAUCGCAGAGGAGGCAAUCUCUUUGCGGCCAACCUCAGCUCUUUAG